ACUAUUAUUAAUUAUAAUAGGCUUAUAGAACUUGGGCCUAAUUCAUUACACAUACCCUUAAAACUUCGAAACUUCAUCCUCUCAAAGCUACAAGAAUUCUUCUCAGGUUAUCGACCCAGUAACGAAGUCUCACUUCUAAUCGAUCAGAUUUGGGACGGAAAUACCAACAAUCUCUUCUAUGCAGCCAAAGAGUAUCUUCCUACUAAAAUAUCAAACACUUAUAAAUCUCUCAAAGUUGGAAAAAUAUCUGAUCAUGACAACCUUCUCUUAGCUUUUGACGGAAAGCAACAAGUGUUGGAUGAAUUUGAAGGCAUCAAGAUUAAAUGGAUGCUUAUUCAAAAACCCGAUAACGAUAACCACGGUUUUCAAAGUCCCAAUCCCGUUAGAAAAAUAGGAGAUCUAGGUUAUGGUUAUCCCAAAGCAUCUCGCAAGGCAAAAGAAUCUACUGAGAAUGGAUUUGUGUUAAGUUUCGAUGAGAAACAUAGAGAUAAAAUAAUGGAGAAAUAUAUUCCACAUGUUUUAAGCACUUAUGAAGCUAUAAAAGCAGGUAACAGAACUCUCAAGAUCCAUUCCAUGCAAGAUGGGCAUUGGCAACACAGUGAUUUUAACCAUCCUGCUUCAUUUGAUUCACUUGCUUUGGAUCCUGAUCUAAAGAAAUCUAUAAUUGAUGAUAUUGAUAGGUUUUUGAGUAGGAAAAAGUUUUACAAAAAAGUGGGCAAGCCAUGGAAACGCGGUUACCUAUUGUAUGGGCCACCAGGGACAGGAAAAUCUAGUCUUAUUGCUGCUAUAGCAAAGUACUUGAAAUUUGAUGUCUAUGAUUUGGAUCUUAGUUUGGUGUAUUGUAACUCACAACUCACUACAUUAAUGAGAGGAACAUCUAACAGAUCCAUCAUUGUUGUUGAAGACAUUGACUGCAACAAAGAGGUGCUUAAUCGAUCAAAGGCUCAGGCAUAUGAGGGGGCAUAUCCGGGUUUUGGACAAGCUGAUACAAAAACGUUUACUAUGUCGGGUCUUCUUAAUUGUAUGGAUGGUUUGUGGUCAAGCUUUGGUGAUGAACGCAUUUUCAUAUUUACUACAAAUCAUAAAGACAAAGUUGAUUCUGCAUUGUUGCGUCCUGGUCGAAUGGAUAAGCAUAUUCACCUCUCCUUCCUCGAAACCAAGGCAUUCAAAAUCUUAGCUUCUAACUAUUUGGACAUUGAAGAACAACAUCAGUCACUCAUUCAACAAGUUGAAGAGCUAUUGGAAAAAGUAGAUGUCACCCCUGCUGUAGUGGCUGAACAUUUGUUGAGAAAUGAGGAUGCUAAGGUUGUUCUAGAAGGACUUUUUGAAUUUCUUCAUGAAAUUUCAAUAGAGGAGAAUGAAGAAUAAUGUUGGGAAUUUUAUUUGUAUAGUUAUUUCAUAUCUUGUAAUGUUUAUCAUUAGAUACUCAAAAUUUUGUUAGAAAGUCUGCACAUGUAUUCUCUUUGCAGAAAGUAUCCUUAAA